AUGAAUGGUGAAGGUUGGCUUUUUAUAUUAACUGUUAUAGUUAAUGCUAUUAAUUUAUUUUCACAAGUAUUUUUCACAAUUAUGUAUUCUGAUUUAGAGUGUGAUUAUAUUAAUCCAAUUGAAUUAUGUAAUAAAUUAAAUCCAUGGUUUAUUCCAGAAGCUGCUUUGCAUGGUUUUAUUACGAUUUUAUUUUUAAUUAAUGGUUAUUGGUUUUGUUUCUUAUUAAAUUUACCAUUAUUUGCUUAUAAUGUUAAUAAAUUUUAUAAUAAAAAUCAUUUAUUAGAUGCUACUGAAAUUUUUAGAACUUUAUCAAAACAUAAAAAGGAAAGUUUUUUAAAACUAGGUUUCCAUUUAUUAAUGUUUUUCUUUUAUUUAUAUAGAAUGAUUAUGGCGUUGGUUAAGGAUGAACAUUAA